AUGUCCCCUUCCCCUCGCCCCUCUGGCUCGCCGCAGCUGUCUGACCUGGCCUCAUCACCCACACCCACGGUCCGCAACGUAUCGACAUCUACUAUUCCGCCAUUCAAUCGAUCCCUCACUUCGGGUUCGAGCGAUUCAAAUCCGGGCGAAGGCGGACCAAGCACCAUUGCUGCUAUUGCAGAAGCGCGGCGAAAGUCAGACACGCGCGCUAGUCAAGAGGAAUUAGGAAAAGGUCGGCCGGGGAGAGAAGAGGUGUCACCCCUUUCACCAUCUGUACAUCGCGGUAUCUCGCCAAGUCGCUUCUCAGAGUACUCUACAGACGACGACCUCUACUCGCCUGACCUUCGCCCAAAGACCGCUGCACCGCGAUACGGCAUGUCGUCCAUGGGCGACCAAACCCCUCGGGUCGGUGCGGGAAGUCAGCGCGGUCUUCCCCCUGCGACAUCUAUGGGCUCCUCCUUCGGCUCGCCGCAGACGCAGCAAUCUGUCGGCGGAUCCGCACCCCGGCCGUCCAGGCUGCCGAGAAACCACUCUACCUCGGGUCAUCCCCUUUCCUACCCCGUCAACCCAAAUGCUUCGACGCAUGGCUAUGGAUCAACCUCUCGGUCUACCUCACGCGCCCGUCCGGCGUUAUCGACCCAAAACACCGCCUUUCAAGUGGCUACGCUUUCACGUCAGGCCAAAGGGGGGCUCGACGAGGAGGACGAGCCGAUCGUGGAUCGCGGAGAGGACCUGAUCCGCCGUCGUCAGGCGGAGCGGAAGCAGGCUCGGAGAAAGAAGGAGCGGGAGAGGCGCUUCGUCGCUGGCGAGCCGCUCGACUCGGCUGGUCUAGGCGGACCGAUGAGCGGAAAUCAAGAAGACAGCUUCCAGCAGCAGCAACAGCGAUCCCUCGGUCCAGCGGCGGGCCGCUCGGUAUCCAGAAACAGAGCACCAAGCGCCACUCGGGGCGGAAGGAGGGAGGCAAGCGAAGGGUACUUUGCGUCGUAUGCCGGUAGUGUGGCAGGCUCUGAGACGCCCAUGCAACAGGGCGGGGACCUGCUUAGUCCGCGUGCGGCGCUCCGGCCAGCGAGCAUCUAUUCGAGCGCGGCGGACGAGGAUGAGGAGGAAGAGAGGGAUAUGGAGCGCGAGAUUGAGGAUGUCGUAGCGGAUGUGGUGGAGGAGGCGACGGUCGAUGGGGGCAACAGCGAUAACGAGUCUGAAGAGGAGGAAGGGGAAGACGGAGAUGAGGGGUCGAGUGAGGAGGGUGUGACCUUGCGGGACAGGCAGGAUGCUAUCAACAUUGAGCACCCAUUCGGUCUGCCCAUUUGGAAACCUGCUCUCUACCGCAAGUCCCGGUCCGUCACUCGGAACGCCGAGUCCGCUCUCCACUCUAUCCCAUCCGCAGCGGCCGAGCGACACCUCCUGCCCGGCAACCUAGCCUGGGUGCUGCUAUUCGGCUGGUGGCUCGCCAUCACCUGCUUCAUCGUCGCGAUGCUCGUCUCUGGCGCAGAGGUCUGCGGGGGCGGCCGAGGCGGAUACGGCAAGACCCUGCGCGGUCUGGCCUGGUACAUUGGCUGGCCUUUUGGCAAGUACGUCGAAGGGGAAGGAGCGCCCGAGGAGGGCGACGCGGAUGGGGAUGAUACGCCUGGCGUGGAGGAUGCGGAGAGUGGGUAUGGGGGCAUGGAUGAUACGCCUACCCGGCACCGGCGCCGUGAAGCCAGUGACGGCGCAGCUAGUAACCUUACGAUUCGGCAGACCCAAACCCGGGCGCCAGCGCACAACCUCGACGAUGGGCUACCGGAUGAGCCCAGAGCUGGUAGGCGUGAGGCUACCGUCUCGUUCGCCGCUACUGCGGACCUCCCUUCGCAGUCACACAUCAAGCGGAGCUCGUACGACGAGGACGAGCGCGCCCCUCUUCUCACCGGUACCAAAAAGGGAUUCCGCCGUCCCCGGAACAAGAAGGCCAAGAUGCUCGGUCGGAUCGUCUACUGGCCGCUCUUCCUCCUCAUCCUCGCCCCGAUCAUGCUCUGCAUCUGUACCAUCUGCUGGUUCUGCGUCUUUACCAUCCCGAUGGCCAAGCUCAACUGGGCUUUGCUCCACUUGCUCUGGUCCCGCCCGCUCGAGAUCAACUUCCGGUCCGCGCCCAAGACGCUCGUCCCUGUCCCGGCGGUCCCAUCGCCUUCACUCGGUGCGGACGGCGAGGAGGAUGGAGCGGAAUCGGGCUCAACUACGUUGAAUGAGACGUCCCCGUCCGGCGGAUUCCGGUACCGGACCGCCCAACUCAAAGCGGGGCAAGUCGCCCCUACAUCCGGCCCCACGUCGACCGUUCUGCUCUGCACAUACCGCGCCUUCGGGAUGCAGUACUACAAGUACACGGUCGGCGGGGUGAAUAUCAUGUUCAUCAACCUCCUCCCCCUCGUCUUCUUUACGAUCUUUGACGCAUUCGUCCUCCUCCCCGCGGUGGAGCGGGACGAACACGCCGGACGGCACGUCUCGCCCUUCCUGGCUGUCGUCGCUUCGCAGGCGCUUAUCUUUGUCCUCUCGCUCGCGUCCGUCAUCCCAUUGUCGUACUUUAUCGGCAUGGCCGUCGCGUCCAUCUCGGCCCAAUCGUCCAUCGGCAUGGGCGCCGUUAUCAACGCAACUUUCGGCUCCAUCAUCGAGAUCAUCCUCUACAGCGUCGCGCUCACGCAAGGCAAGGGCCGCCUCGUCGAGGGCAGUAUUGUCGGCAGUAUCCUCGCCGGCGUGCUGCUUAUGCCUGGCGCGUCGAUGUGCAGUGGCGCCUUCAAGCGGAAGGAGCAGAAGUUUAAUGCGAAAUCGGCGGGGGUGACGAGUACGAUGUUGAUCAUGGCGAUUAUUGGGACGUUGACGCCGACCAUGUUUUAUCAGACUUAUGGGACUUUUGAACUCCAUUGCGAUGGGUGUCCACCGAUCAAGGGCGAAAUGACGACGCUGGAUAGCUGGAAGUGCUCCCAGUGCUACUAUGAGCAUCCCGACCCGGUCGACGAUCCGUUCUACCAGGAUCAGGUCAAGACGUUGAUGUACUGCUGUGCGGGCAUCCUGCUUUUCUCCUACCUUAUCGGCCUGUGGUUCUCGCUCCGGACGCACGCGUCUCAGAUCUGGCAAAACCCGCAACAGCUGCUCAAGCCCGACGACGUCCUCAGCUCCCUCCACCCCGCAAUGAAGGCGAGCCUCAGCCAGCGCAUGACGCCCCAGGCGGUCAUGCAGCAUAUCCUACCCCUACACAAGGACAACAAGCUCGCUGCUUCGGCGUCGGCCCAGCUCGCCCGGGGACUGGGGUACGAUACUGCCCCCAAUACGCCGACGCAGGCUACGAAGGAUGGAGAACAGGCGGAAGGGAAAAGGGCGUCCUCGGCGACGUACAAUAUCCCCUCGGGAUCGGGGUACACUCCUCUCCUCGAUGGGCUGUCGCACGUCCGGGCUUCGACAUCCGGGUCCGGAUCCGCUCUCAACCCUAACCAUGAACGCCUCACGCCUAUCCGCCUUCCGAGCUCGCUUACGACCGAAGACUUUACGCGGGCCGUUGCGGUCGCGACGGUCUCUGCGCUGCGGCACCAAGGGAGCGUCAUUGGCGGUACGGGCGGGGAGGAGCAGGAAGGUGCGCAUGGGGAUGGAGAGGGCGAGGGAGGCGGACACGAGGCGCCGGAGUGGACAAGAGGGGUCAGUGCGGGGGUGUUGCUCUCCUGCACGCUGCUCUAUGCUAUCAUUGCGGCAGAAAUCUUGGUCGACGUGGUGGAUGUCGUUCUGCACGGUAUCAAGAUUGACGAGAAGUUCCUCGGUCUCACGCUGUUUGCGCUCGUGCCCAAUACGACGGAGUUUAUGAACGCCAUGUCGUUUGCGCUGAAUGGGAAUAUUGCGCUCAGUAUGGAGAUUGGCUCGGCGUACGCUUUGCAGGUGUGCCUGCUCCAGAUCCCGGCUAUGGUAGCCUUUUCGGCAUUCUAUGAUCCGGGCAAGAUGGGUCAGGUGGUCGACACCUUCACCCUGAUCUUCCCAAGGUGGGACGUGAUCGCCAUUAUCCUCAGUAUCUUCCUCUUGACGUACACGUACAUCGAAGCUCGGAGCAACUACCACCGAGGGAGUAUCCUCGUACUAGCAUACAUUGUGCUAGUGAUGGGCUUCUACUUUGCCCCCAUGCGGACUGGGCCAGAAGACGACGCGGGUGACGUGAUUGUGCCGCACAAGGAGCUGCUGGCGGGAUUAGUAGCAGGGGGAGGCCAGUGGGCUGGGGGAAUCACUAAGCUGUGGGCUUGA